GGAAACGUAUCAGAGCGUACUCCUUACUAGGAGUCGCGAAGUAUCUUGGGCUUCGUAGUUGCCAAGCGGCUGCUGGCGUCGAGGGGCGUGGCCUCAUGAGCGUUCAACACAAGCUCGCGGGAAAAGAGGCGUGUGGGAAGAGAGGCGCAGAGUCUUCUGGGAAGUGUAGUUCGGGCCGCGCAGCGAUGGCUUCAUGGUGGGAGUUGAGGUUCUGGGAAGCUGCAGAGGCCUGAAAAGAGGUUGCAACAGUGACUUUAAAUGUCUAUAUCUCAGCACAGGAAACAUCUGCUUAGUGAGUGAUUUACCCAUUUAGGACCUGGCUAGAUCCUGUGGAUAAUCCUGUGAAUUGCUGAGACUCGACACCUGAAGUUUUUCCUCUCUCGACAUUUUUAGCAGCCCAUAGCUCCCUGGGUCUGACUCCUAUUGCUGCUUUCAAUAUGCUGCGACGAAAACCAACGCGUCUAGAGCUCAAGCUUGAUGACAUUGAAGAGUUUGAGAGCAUUCGGAAGGACCUGGAGACCCGUAAGAAACAGAAGGAAGAUGUAGAAGGUGUAGGGACCAGUGAUGGAGAAGGAGGGGGGGCUGCUGGGCUCAGCAGUGACCCCAAGAGCCGGGAACAAAUGAUAAAUGAUCGAAUUGGUUAUAAACCCCAACCGAAGCCCAACAACCGCACAUCUCAGUUUGGAAACUUUGAGUUUUAGAGAUGGAUUCUCUUGCAUACCAGACCCCUGGAAUGGAAUAAAAUGAUGGCGAAAAUAUAGAACAGAUUUAGAGAAUUAAGUGUGUAAAACCAA